AAAAAUUCAGUCAUACCGGACAGGCCUGACGACCGGCAGCGGGCGACGCCACGACGGUCACAGCGAAGCAGAGCAACCCACCUCCGUGACCGCACCAAUGGCGUCCACCUCUUGCUCCUCGCCGCUCACCUCCACCGCGGCCCUCUCCGCCUCCCAGCCGGCUCCCCCCUCCUCUAAGCGCUUCCUCCCCUUCCCGUCCCGCCCGCCGCGCCCCGGGACCCGCCUCCGCGCGGGCUCCCUCAGGGAGUGGAGCGAGUUCGAGGACGCCGUCGAGAGCAAGGACCUCUCCCGCGCGCUCCGCUUCCUGCAGUCCGUGGAGCCCGCGUCUUAUCCGGAAGCGGCCAGGAAUGCGGCUACGCAGGUGGCUCUCCCCCUGUCGCCGGGGCGGGACUGGGAGGUGCUGGACACCUGCAUCGACGCAGAUGACAUGCGGCUCGUCGGCCGGGCGUACCAGUUCCUCUCCGACCGCGGGGUCCUCGCCAACUUCGGCAAGUGCAAGAACAUAGUUCUGGAGGGACCGAGAGAAGUUACGCCGACAAUUUUAAAGGAGAUGACAGGCCUGGAAGCUGCAAAGCUUGCACCAAAGAAGUGGGGUCUCUCAGGAAAUUCUCGUUAUGUUCUGGCUACUUUUUUUGGCGGUGCAUCUUUUCUACUAACCCAAGGAGUGGAUGUACGGCCUAACUUGGCUGCGAUAUUGGCGUUAGCAACCGGAGAUGCACUUUUUCUUGGUGGUACUUGUGCUGCACAAAUCUCAUGUUUCUGGCCUCCAUACAAGCGCAGAGUCCUUGUACAUGAAGCCGGACAUCUUCUUACUGCUUAUCUAAUGGGCUGCCCCAUACGAGGAGUCAUCCUGGAUCCUUUUGUGGCACUGCGGAUGGGCAUUCAAGGCCAGGCAGGAACACAGUUCUGGGACGCAAAAAUGGAGAAAGAACUUGGUGAGGGUCAUCUGUCUAGUACAGCAUUUGACAGAUACUGCAUGAUUCUGUUUGCUGGAAUCGCCGCAGAAGCACUUGUAUACGGGGAGGCAGAAGGAGGAGAAAAUGACGAGAAUUUAUUCAGGAGUUUGUGUGUUCUGCUCGAUCCUCCGCUUUCUGUCGCACAGAUGGCAAAUAGAGCUCGCUGGUCAGUGAUGCAGUCUUACAACCUCCUGAAGUGGCACAAGAAAGCACAUAGAGCUGCCGUCAAAGCACUUGAAAGCGGACAUGGUCUCAGCAUCGUCAUUAGGAGGAUCGAAGAAGCCAUCGCCUCCGACAGAUAGCUGGGAAUGUUGAUAUCUUACACGUAUUCCUGCCGAUAAGGUUUACUUACUGAGAGGUUUCAGCAAUGCAAAGAAGUUGACGCACACAAGAAAUCUUGCUACUUGCUGAGGCAAGAAGUGGAGUGAAGCUGGGACUGCACGCGCUCUUCAAUGAAAUCAUAACCAUAAUAUAGUAUGGCUCGUCGAUCCAUUGAUGUGGUUUAAGGAGGAAAAGGAUCAUCUGAUGCAUGUGUAGCCAGAUGAGCUCCCGUGGAAAUUUGCAAGCUGGGAAAAAGCUAUGUGCUUGGUGUUGUUGCCAGUAUGCCAUAAAUGUGCAUAUACAUAGGAGAUGUAAAGAAGUGAUGAUGAUGAAUAUUUUUUUGUACGUUUGACAAAUAUAAACAUAGGUAACAAUAGAUAUACAUA